AUGGCUCCUCCAAAGGACGGACCUCCUGCCAUACCUCUCGGUGGCCAGAGAGAUGGCAGAGGCGGAGACGUAGGCAUUCCACCUCCUACAACUUUACAUAACUAUGCAUACUACGCAUACCAUGCAUACCACGCAUACUGCGCAUACUACACACACUACGCAUACUACGCAUACUACGCCGCCUAUAUCACGCACCCACCCAACAGCUAUAUCCACCCGUAUACCGCAGCCCCCACAUAUAUCGCAGCCUAUACAGCACUACCCCCACAUACAUCAUUCAAUUCAAGGACCAACGCCUUGACGAAGGGCACGCGUGCGAAACGACAACACGCGUGCCCUUACGCUAAUCCUAAACCAGCUCACUACUCCGGAAUUAACUCGACCCGCGCCUAG